CAUAAUGGCUGCCUGAGACACGGCUUUUUCACACAGCUCAAGACGGUCUGCUCCAGAGGGUGAAAAAUCGAUCGAUCCAUUUUUACGGCUCCGCAACCCACUUGGUUGGAUGUGCAUUUGUUUGAUCCUGCCUCGACGAACCCGUAAAAACCUCCAUUAUCUGCAAUAGUGUUCAAAUUACUGUUAUUCAUGUACGUUGUGUUUGGUUCUUCUCCGGCGACGACGACGACGAUUGUGACUUGUAGUACUACGGCCACCGGAACAGCCUACCCAGCAACGCAGACGGGUUAUGCAGUAGCAACAGCGGCCGCACCGGCAGCACCAGCAACUUACGGAACAGCAGCGGCCGCAGCACGCCCGGCAGGAUACGAUCAGGCUUACCAGACAGCUGCCACUCCGGGGACGUACGCAACAACAGCAGCGACCUACGACUACGGUUACGGCCGUACCACUCAAACCUACGACACUAGCAAAACUUACUACCAACAGGCGGGUGCUACCGCAGGUUACACCGCAGCCCCGACCGGCUACGACACAUCGGGCGCGGGUACAGCUAAGGUAAUAAACUUCCAGCCGGCUACACAAGCCACAUACACUGCUCAGCCAACGCGAGCUACAAUUCAAACGGCCAAGCCGCCUCAAUACGCCGGUCCACCGCAGGCCUACGUCACACAACCGGGUGGUUACUCUCAGACGGUGAAUAGUGCUCCAAAGUCGGCUGCAGCGGCUCAACCGGUCGCUCCGAACGCUAACACUUAUUCCGGUUACGAAUCGGCUCUGUACAGCGCCGCCACUAUGUAUGUCGCUCAGCAGCAGAAUAACAAGGCCGGUAAUCCGGUCGGCGGUCAACAAGGACAGGGCGGCGGUUGGCAAGGCUAUAAGAAAAGACCGAUCGGAAUGCAUCCAUUCAAUGCACCACGUCCCAAGCUUCCACCAAAACCGCAACCAAUCCACUAUUGUGACGUGUGCAAGAUAAGCUGUGCUGGACCGCAAACCUAUCGUGAGCAUUUGGAAGGUCAAAAGCACAAGAAGCGUGAAAUUUUACUGAAACAGGCUUCCGAACCGGGAACUCCUGCACCAGCUAGACCACCCAACAGUCUCCACUGUGAACUGUGCGAUGUUACUUGCACUGGGAAUGAUGCCUAUGCGGCCCACGUGCGUGGUGCCAAGCAUCAAAAAGUCGUCAAGUUGCACACCAAGCUGGGAAAGCCGAUUCCAGCGUGUGAUCCAGCUCCAAAUUCCGAGGAGAAAAAAGAUGGCGAAACGGAUGAAAAUGACGAGUCGGUGAAACCCGUUGGAAAUGAGUAUAUCGAAGAGAUCAUGGAUGACGAAGGAAAACUGGUUAGUUUCAACUGUAAACUAUGCGAGUGCAAGUUCAACGAUCCAAAUGCAAAGGAAAUGCACAUGAAGGGACGUCGUCAUCGGCUCCAGUAUAAGAAAAAAGUUCAACCAGAUCUGUUUGUGGAUAUGAAGCCAACAAUGAAGCAGAAGAAGAUUGCUGAAGCUCGUGCACAUCGUCAUGCUUUGCAGGAGGAUUAUUGGAACCGUCGCCGCAUGGCAGAAGCCGAAAUGGACGACGGAGAGCAUGGAAUGCGUCAGUUCGGACGUCAUCCAUUCUAUGGUAUGUUACCCGGGCGUCGUCCGGAGUCGUCCGAUGAUCGUCACGUUGUUGCUCGUCAUGCCGAGAUUUAUCCGAAAGAGGAGGAACUUUUGACGAUUCAACGUAUUGUUUCGCACACCGAGCGUGCUUUGAAGCACGUUUCGGAUGCAAUGACUGGCGGUAAGGAAGAGAAGAAGGAAGUUGAGGCCGACAAAAAGGAUGGAAAGGAUGAUCAGAACAAACCGGAUGCUAAUCAAAUGAUUUCCUUCCACAAAGAAGUCGAGGGAGGCACUGUCCGCUUGUUGAAGGGAGUUAUGCGCGUUGGAUUAUUGGCUAAGGGACUCCUUCUACAUGGUGAUAACACUGUUCAUCUGGUUGUACUUUGCGCUGAGAAACCAACAACCUCGCUACUGAAACGCGUUGCUACUGAAUUACCAAUUCAGUUGAAGAAGGUCACCGAAGAGCACAAGUACACGGUCACGAUGGCCCCGGUUGACGGUGCCGUUUUGGUGUCGGACGGCACAAUUACAGUGAAAAUAUCCCUCACAUCGCCGCUGCUACGCGAAGAUGCAAACAGUACAGCUGCGAACGAGCAAGUCGCCCCCAGCUCGGAAGAUUUACUGCCACGGGAGCCCUGUCUCCAGGCACUUGCCGCACUUCGACACGCGAAGUGGUUCCAGGCUAGAGCAACCGGACUCCAAUCCUGUGUGAUGAUCAUGAGAAUCAUGCGUGAUCUCUGUCAGAGAAUUCCUAUUUGGGGUCACAUUUCUCAAUGGGCCAUGGAACUGUUAAUCGAGAAAGUUAUCUCAUCCACCGGUUGCCCGCUGACCCCUGGCGAGUGUUUGCGUCGCGUGAUAGAGGCUAUCGCAUCGUCCAUCUUAAUCAACGGUCCCGGCAUUUUGGAUCCAUGUGAGAAGGAACACGAGGACGCCCUGGAUGGACUCAGCAAGCAGCAGCGGGAAGAUAUUACCGUAUCAGCACAGAUGUUCCUACGAUUCAUUGCUUUCCGACAAGUACACAAAGUUCUCGGAAUGGAUCAGCUACCGCCGCCAAAGUUUGUUGGCAACCGAAACUGGCGCUUCAAUCGCAAGCGCAGGCGCUCUGGAACCGAGGGAGCUGAUAAUGAAGCCGACGGAAAGAUGGUUAAAAAAGAGGAAAACAAAGAAGGUGGCACCAACAACGCUGUGGUGGAUAUGGAAACCGAAGGAGCAAAAUAGAUAUGGUAGGUUCUUAAUCUGAUAGAAUUUUAACUUGAGAAGUCGUGGACAUUGAAUUCAAACAUGCUACGAAUAAUUAUCUUUGAAGAUAUGUAUUAAUUUAAAAUGGACUAAGAUUUAAACCCUGAUUAAGAGAAUGAUGGCGUACGAAUAUAGGACCGACAUUUAAAAAUUGCAAAUCAUUUUGUCUUUGGAACAAGGAACACAGACCUAACUAAUUUUCCUCGUUAAUCAUUGACAACUGUUCAGGAAAAGAAGAAAAAAACUAUGCAAUCUAUUUAACGUCAAUUUAGGAUUCUCUGGAACUUUUAUUUUAAUGCAUUCUAAAAUCUUUUCUAUUACGAAAUCAUGAAAAAGUAAGACUAACCAUUAAAACAAUCUCUUUUGGAAAAGCGAAAAAUUGAAUGAAUGUAUUUUAUCCUUAAUAAAUCAGAUAACCAAAAUUGAUAAUAAAACAAAAACUUUCGCAUUCUGCGGAACACAGGCACAUACUACUAACAGUGCUCUGUUGGAGAGGUAAUGUGUAUCGAUUAAUAUCCUACAGUAUAUUCUACGAUAGUGAUUUAAUAAAAACUAGGAUGACAAAACUAUGAAAACCAUGAAGCUGGAUUGAGAUGCACUAGAAAAAUAAAUGCAGCUAGAAUUACAAGCACACUUUCACACCCACACAAACAUACAUACUCAAGUUUGAACCAGUCCAGAACGACGAUAUAAAUUGGUAGUUAUUACAUCCAAAUGGAAACAAAUAUACCACAGCAUCAAAUUGUUAAAAAAGUGGAUAAAGUCAGCAAGUCCAUUCUCUAGAAUGUAUGAAAUAAACCAAGUAUUUUCUUCUUGAAGGAUAAAUAAUAA